GUGUAUUACUGCAUUCAACUGCCUUUAUGCGCUGCGUUGCCAAGACUUCCAUACGUGGGACAUGCAGAAACGAUGCAGUGAUGCAGUAGUCCAGUAGAACUUGGGAAAGAAGAUGGGUCGUGCCACUUACAAUGCUGUGACGGAUAAACGUAGCAAAAUUAACAGAAUGUUGGAAGCAUACUCCUAGUUUGGCACACAGCUGAAGUGCAUAUCCAUUUGAUCAAGUCUACUUCAUACAUCUGUACAUGUUCAUAAGGACUACAACAAAUAACUGACCACCAUGGGUUCUACAGAUUCGGAACGCUCUAUUUCUUCUGGCAUUUCUAUUCCACAGUGGAUGAAAUCAAAGAUUGGUGAUAGGUACGACAUAGAGGAAACUUUUUCACCACCUACACACGAUGACACAUUCUUUUACAUACGUUAUCCAAAAUCAAAGCCUGUAGCUCAACCAGAGAAUGACAGUUAUCGUCCAAUCAGUGAAGUUUUGGAAGAGAAGCCUUUGAAACAGAGAGAUUUCUCAAAACACACACAGCCUUGCAAAGAAUUCAUUCCUGAAGCAAAUGGAAAAGAAAAUACUUCAUUAGUAGGAGGUGCAACGCAGAUGCAGUCAAGAGUCAACAAAUCACAGGGAACAGAUGAUGGAUAUGUGGGAGAAGCUGCUGCAUGUGGCAAAUCAGUAGUGCAAGUUGCACAGCAAAUGAUUGCGGGUAACAGGUUGACAUUGCGAGGAGCUGAACAAGCCAUGCCGCCAAAAGAACGUCACAGGCGCAACAGCAAAUCUCUCCCAACAAGCCCGCUUGGCUCGCCAAGUGUAUCCCCUAAACUGCAGAGAAAGAAACAGGGGGAACCACAGAACAGGUACUUCACAGGUGUAUUUGGAGUCCCUACCCAGUACCCUGGAAGCUGGAUUUUAUCCGGAGUUUUGGGACAGAGAGAUAUUGCUGCACAUCAAACAAAUAUUCAGGAGACAGCAUCUCAGAAAUCAUCAUUAGAUGAUGGAAAACAAAGUGAUGUACGCAGGAAUAAAUCAUCAUCAUCACUUGUUCGAACAUCUACGGAAGGUUCUAGAGAUGAAGACCAGAGCUCAUCUGAUGGUGAGAGCUCACCAGGUCUUGUCAAGAAGGAAAUGUUUUUCCGUGCAAAACCAUCUGAAUUGCGAGAGAUGAAUUUCCUGUCUCCCACAUCAAUGUGAAAACAUGAAGUCUGUUACCGUAAAGUAUUUUAGCUAUUAGUACGUGUGAAGAUACUGUUCUGAUAUUUGACAUUGAAUAUUAUUUCUGUUCAGAAGUAAUUAUUUUGUGCCUUUUUUGUUUUUGUUUUUUUUGUAAAAAAAAAGUAAAUAUGAUGAAGCUAUGUGUGUGUUUCAGAAGUUUCUUUGUUGACAUUGAAAAUAGUCAUGUGACAUGCCAUGUUGGCUGUGUGUGUUUCUGGUUUAAAAUGAUACAUAUAAUCUAUAAAGCAAAUGUACUCAUAUUGGAUCUGUCCUUUAAUAAGUAAUUCCUUGGUGCUCAGUUAUUUGUUAGAAUCCAUAUUUUCAUUACUUUUUAUCAUUGCUUCUGGUAGCACUUCUUGCAUAAGUUAGAUGGCAUACUUUGGUUAAUAGUUCUGUAGUAUAGUGUAGUUUUCUCAUCCCUACUGCACUGAAGAUUUUUAUGAAACACAGUACAAAUUUUAGAUGGUUAGUCAUUUUGCACAUGGUAUUUUGAAGUUGUUUGUAUAAUGUUGAAAAUUGUCUGCAAAAGAAAAUGCAUCAUUCCUCAAACAUUAAAUUUGGUUGUCUAAAUUUCAGUACUGUUAUUGCUGACUGACUAUCAGUUGAUCAAUAAUACUUCGUUUUACUCAAGUCCACUGCCAUCCACAUUUUUAGGGAAAAUUGAUCUGUGCUGAUACCAAUACAGGAAAUAUGGGGGUUUGACUUCUAUAUUAACCUAGAAAUGAGCAAGGUAACUAGUAAAAAAAGCAUGAGAACAGACUAGAAUACAUGGACAUCUUUUGUGUAAAGAUUUUGUAAGGUGUUUAUCUUCUGUUUGGCAUAACUAGCUGUGGAACUUCAGUGACUUGUCAACCUGCUCAUGUGUGAAGCUGCUUAGCUUUUUUUUUUUUUUUUUUUUUUUUCCAGUUAUAAAAUUUUGAAAGAUUGCUAUGACUCUUCUAAAGUUACCAGAUUCUUAAUAGUUACUCAAAAUUUGCCUUCUAGUAACCUGUCUGAUUUGCAUUCUAACUUGGCCUCCUAUUCCCAUGCGUGUUUCAUUGUAAUUUUCUUUCUUGCCUUUCUGUUCUUGCCUUGUCAAAAGAAAUAUUUGUUUUACGAAAUAUAAAAAAUGCCUAGUGAAUUUCUUUAUACAUUAUAUUGGCAAAAUACCAAAACGUUAUUGAUGACAGGUUUUAACAAGAAAUACAGGCAAAUUUUUUAAAAAACUCUGAUGUUAAUUUAUUUCAAUGAAUGAGAUUAAAAUGAUUGGCACAAGCUACAACUUUUUUAUAAAAAACAGCAGGAUCCGUUUUGGCCCCCAAGACUAAUAUCCAGUGGUUAUUCUAUACUCAGAGCCAUCAACAUGCAGUUUCAGUCCUGGAUCUUCCUUUAUAUGAAGACAAGAUUUUUCAGUCUCUAAUGGGUCUUCAAGAAACUGUAAGUUCACACCUUCCAAUUCUUCUUUUACAUAUACAUUGGACAGAUAAAACAGGACCACUGAGGUGCCUUACCAGAUUUCUCUUCUUUCAUUCAGAUAGUUCUCUUAUAGUCCAUGGCUGCCAAUCUCCACCUUUGGAGAAUUUCUGCAAAAACAAGAUGGUUUUUGUGGAAAUUCGUGUACUACUUUCUCCAUGGGUGUAGAAUGGCAGCUGUGGAUCACAAGAAAACAAUAUGAAUUAAAAAAGGGGGAUUGAUUUGAGGUAUCAGGAAGCUCCAUGAUCCUUGUUUAGCCACCCAGUGUAAAUAUUAAAGAACUGGAGGAGGGGGUGAAUAAAGAGUUUCUUUAAGAUUCAUUAAAGAGUGAACAGCCUAGUCUUAAAAUAAAGCUAGUUCCAGAACUGAAACUGCAUGUGGAUGGCUGAGCAUAAUGUAGCAAUGGGAUGAUGACUUUUGGCUGCAACCAAUCCCAGUACUUAAAACAAAAAUGAAUUUACAACCUGUGAUGUAAUUUUAUUCCAAAUUGGUACUACAGUUCCAGAACCUGAAUCACCAUGCUCAAAAUGCUUGUCAAGGAACAUUUCACUGAAGUUUUACAUUAGGUGUUUGCCCUACCCUUUGCUAUUAUAUUGUGCAAUAGUCUGCCAAAAAAAAAAAAAAAAAAAAAAAAAAAAAAAAAAAAAAAAAAAAAAAAAAAAAAAAAAAAACUUCUCAGUACUGUUUUUCCUUAUGUGAUUAAAGUCCAGUAACAAAAUACUCAAAAAAACAAUGCUCAUGACAUUGUAUUGCUGAUUUGUAUUUUCUCUUGAGUUUGGCAUAGGUUUUUUAAUCACAAAGAUCAUGUGUAUUGUUGUUGAUACUUGGUUCACUAAUGUGAUGUUCAGUGUAUUCAUACUUCAGUAUUUUCUCUUGAGUGAUUUGUAAUAUGGAAAAAAAUAAUGAGAAUACUCCGUGCAGUAGACUGAUUUUUCACAAUAGGUGUCAUGGACCAAGAAUGUCAAUUAAAGUGAUAUAUUUUAACUGCAUUUCUUACAGUGCAGGAACAUUGUAAUAGUUGAUGUAUUUGGUGCAACAAAUUCUUAAUAAAAGUUAUGAGCUAAAUUUA